CUUCGUCAUACUUUUUUUUUUCAAUUGUUGUCGUGCCUCCGAUAGCCGUAGGUAUCGAAUCGCGAUCGGGCCGUGUUGUAGAACCAAUUGUCUUGUUCGUCUGAAAAAAAAGAAAGGUAACGGUUCCAACGUCGCGUAAGAACAUUCCUUUCUUUUCUUUUGCCGCGAGAGAUGCAGUUUUUUUUCAUCGUCGCCAUGUAAACGAUCGAGGAGGGUUUCCUCAAGAAGUGCUUCUUUUUUUUUUCGUUCGUCGUGGCCACGUGCUCGCGCACUGUACGUCAACAGUUUCACCGACUUCUGCUCCGUGCAACCGUGCAAGAUUGUAAAUAGUUACCGAGAAGGAGAACGUGUACAAGAAUCAUGCUGAAACAUUGGUUCGAAAUCCACGGCCGGUUUUGCGCCGGGCAUCCCCUGGAGGUGAUCGUGUCCACUUUCACCCUAACGGCAUGCAUCCUGAACAUGGAGACCGGAAAUGGACAGCCACGGGACGAGGCUCUGCCAGUGACUUCGCACUGUCGGGCCGGUAGAUGUAAUUCGGACGAUCUGAACGCAGCCGAUAUUAUAGUAAUGACGAUAAUACGAUGUCUCGCGAUACUCUUCACCUACCAUCAGUUCCGAAAUCUGCAGAAGCUGGGCUCCAAGUACAUUUUAGGUAUCGCAGGCCUGUUCACCGUGUUCUCCAGCGUUGUGUUCACGUCCAGCGUAGUCAAUUUUGGACGCAGCGAUAUCUCGGACUUGAAGGACGCGUUGUUCUUCUUCCUGCUCAUCAUCGAUCUCUCCAAGGCCGCGAUAUUAGCCCAGUUGGCAUUGAGCUCCAGAAGCCAGGAGGAGGUGCGAGCAAACAUCGCUCGCGGCAUGUCCCUCCUAGGACCGACCAUAACUUUGGACACGUUGGUGGAAACUCUGCUAAUCAGUAUAGGGUCUCUGUCUGGCGUCAGAAGACUGGAAAUCCUGUGCGGCUUCGCCUGCCUCGGAGUCCUCGUUAAUUAUAUCGUUUUUAUGACCUUCUAUCCUGCCUGUCUGUCGCUCAUCCUUGAGCUGUCCCGCGGGACGAAUAGCAUGAAGCCUUUGAGCCCUGACAAGAUCUUCAUGAUUCAUCCAUUGAACGAGGAGGAUCAAAAGCCAAAUCCGGUAGUGGAACGCGUCAAGUUGAUCAUGAUCGCUGGCCUAUUUGUGGUACAUGCUAACAGCCGCUGGCCUUUUAAGAACGAUGAAAACGACCACUCGGUGGAAGGCAAGGUUUCACCCACGAAUUCUCGUAUCGUAGCGAACGCUUACAACAAGACGGAGAGCCAGACUGAAGUUAAGGCGUACUUGAUGAACUGGCUGUCGGUCAGCGCGGACAACAUUAUCAUAUUGAUAUUGCUACUCGCGCUGGCGAUCAAGUUCAUCUUCUUCGAGGACAAGGGCGACAUCGCGAAGCAGUUGAGGUUCAAGGAGGAGGACGACACCGAAGAGAAGGCUGAGACCGAGUACACGGAACUCGUAGAUACCGCUGCUAUGGACGUUUCGUUGCGUCAACGGUUCGGAGAAUCUCAUCCCACGAUACGAUCCACUAUUUUUCCUUUGUCCGGGGUUGGCGGUGGAUGGAUCGAGGUAGAAAAUGAAUCGCAGUUGGAAUUCAUCGACAAAGAGGUGCAAACCGACAGCAGACAGUCAAGCGUCGAUUUGUCCAGCAGUAAAAGCUCGUCACCGCAGUCAACGGUUCCUAGACCCAUAGAGGAAUGUCUUGAAAUAUACAAGUCCGAGCUUGGAGCAAGUGCGCUCACGGAUGAGGAAGUGAUCCAGCUAGUGAAACAGAAGCACAUAGCUGCUUAUCAGCUGGAGAAAGCCGUUGGGGAUAUGGAGCGCGGCGUGAAGAUCAGACGACUGAUAAUUGCGGAGGCUGGAAAGUUCGUGGAAGACUUAGUGGAUCUUCCGUACACGGAAUACGACUACUCGAAAGUGUUAGGCUCGUGUUGUGAAAAUGUUAUAGGGUACGUGCCGAUGCCGCUCGGUAUUGCUGGCCCGUUGUUAAUCGACGGUAAGUUCUACCACGUGCCGAUGGCGACUACCGAGGGAUGCCUGGUAGCAUCCACCAAUCGAGGUAGCAGAGCGCUCUUAAAAUGUGGUGUAACGAGUCGUGUGGUGGCCGACGGAAUGACUAGGGGGCCAGUCGUUAGGUUCCCGAAUAUCGUUAGAGCCAGCGAGGCGAUGGCCUGGAUGCAGGACUCAGAAAAUUUUCAAAAAAUGAAGGAUCAUUUCGAUUUAACUAGUAGAUUCGCAAGAUUGUCCAAGAUCCACAUACGUAUCGCUGGUAGACACUUGUUCGUUCGAUUUGUGGCAAUCACCGGCGACGCCAUGGGGAUGAACAUGCUGUCCAAGGGCACGGAGAAGUCACUGCAUACCGUCAAGGAAUAUUUCCCCGAUAUGGAGAUCUUAUCGUUAAGUGGCAACUUCUGUGCCGACAAGAAACCCGCUGCUGUCAAUUGGAUCCAAGGCAGAGGCAAGAGUGUGGUCUGCGAGGCGAUUGUACCCGCUGACGUGGUCACUAACGUUCUCAAAACUUCGGUCCAUGCUUUGGUCGAUGUGAAUAUAAGCAAGAACAUGAUCGGUUCUGCCAUAGCUGGCAGCGUAGGCGGUUUCAAUGCCCACGCUGCGAACAUUGUUACCGCGAUUUACAUAGCCACCGGUCAAGAUCCAGCGCAGAAUGUUGGUAGUAGCAAUUGUAUGACCUUGAUGGAACCCUGGGGAGCCGACGGUACAGACCUAUACGUAUCUUGCACAAUGCCAAGCAUAGAAAUAGGCACCGUUGGUGGUGGGACCGGUCUUCCGGCACAAGGGGCGUGUUUAGCUAUGUUAGGAGUUAAAGGAGCCAACGCUAAUCAACCUGGUGAGAACGCCAGCAGAUUAGCUAGAAUCGUAUGCGCUACAGUACUCGCUGGUGAAUUGUCACUCAUGGCUGCACUGACAGCCGGUCAUUUAGUCAAAAGCCAUCUCAGGCACAACAGAUCAACUACUAUGGUAUCGAACGCAUUGACUGUUCCUCAGACUAAAGUGGGAGAUACAUUGACUGUGCCAAUAAUGCAGCCUGUACAAAAUGUUUGUAAGAAGUUCUUAGACAAGUCUUAGCCUUAAUCGUACAUAAACUGGUUCCGGUUCGAUCUUGCAGUAGAAUCUACGUACGUGACGUCGUACAACUGCUUCAGCGUAAUAUUCCAAAGAAAUAAUGUUUCGUUUAUGUACGUGGAAGAAAAUAUAUACAUAUAUAUAUGUAUGUAUGUAUGUAUGUAUGUACCAAAAAGACAGGGAGAGAGAGAGAGAGAGAGAGAGAGAGAGAGAGAGAGAGAGACAGGGCUAAAGAGAAACGAGAAUAACGUCAAGAAUCUUAACGGAAACACAGUGAUAUAGAUACUAAACUAUAAAAGUACUUCGAAUAUAUUACACGAGAGACUUACGUUGCAGAUAAAGCAUAGAAGUCUUGAAUGCAAUGAAAUGCGUACACUUAUUUUUUGCAAAAGAACUACACAAUUAACAUAAUGGUUGUAUGAAAUUAGCGAUUUGUGCGAGGAUUAUUUUUACGUACAGGAUCAUAUGUUUACAUAGUGCAAUAUUAAUUUGUAGAUAUAGUAAUUUAAUUGGACAGACCGUCAUAAUGUAACAGUAAGAGAUAAUGUAAUCAAGGACAGUACAGUAGUAUAUUGAGUACAAUCAAACCGAUGAAUGUUCUCUAGAAAUAGAGGAAUAUAUACAAAAUUAUGGUAUUGCAUUGCAAAUAAAUAGAUCGAAUUAUGUUGUUUAUUUGCGAAUAUUUCAGUAAUCUAAAAGCUAGACAAGAUCGUUAAAAAUGUAAACGUAUUAUAAUGUACAAAAUUUUAUUUCAGUACAAACGCAUUCAAUUCCAAUGGAAAAAAGUAUUUAAAAAAAAAGGACGAUAAGAAAAAUAUAUAAUAAAUUAAUGAUUUAAAAAAAAUCACAAA